AUGCAUCGUCAUAUCUUUAUUUCGAUUCUCAUUUCGUUAAUUGUUUCAAUUCAAUCCCUAGUUGGAGAGAAAGGAAACGUUAUCAGUAUUGAUCUCAUUCAUCGUGAUUCGACGCUAUCUCCAUUUUAUAAUCGUUCAAUCUCUCCAUCAGAGCUCUUAAGAAGAGCUGUUCUGUGCUCUCUUAGCCGUGCCAACAACUUCAAUUCACAUAUACAUAGUAAAGCAAAAGAUAUCCAGUCGGAGUGUGAUCCCUGUAAAGACUGCUACGAACAAGAUUUACCUCCCUUUAAACCAUCAAACUCCUAUCAAGAACUUCCCUAUGACAAUGAAUUCUGUCGAGUUUUUGAAAAAAGGAGGCCUGUUAAGCCAUCAAACCAGUGCGAAUACAAAUAUGUUUACGAGAAGAAUGGAUUUACAAUUGGAGUUUUGGGCACUGAGACAUUCUACUUUGAUUCCACUAAUGGUGAACUUGUUUCUUUCCCUAAAUUUGCGUUUGGAUGUGGUCACGAAAAUAAGAUUAAGUUCGAUAAGCUAGUUCAAGCGUCAGAAAAAACUGGUGUUAGCAAACUCAGAUUCGGACAAGAGGCGAAAAUCUCCGGUGCAAAAGUUUCAACUCCGCUUGCAUUCAAAGAUCCUUCUCCUUAUUACUACCUCACUCUUGAAGGUAUCAGCGUCGGAACUAGAAAGAUUGGGAUGGACACAGGCGACAAUAAUAUCAUAAUCGAUUCUGGAACAGUCAUGACAGUCUUGCAUCCUACCAUAUACGAUGAGCUGCAAAAGACCAUUAUUGCGAAUAUUACGAAGUCUGGUGAAAGCAUCGAGCCAACAGAAGAUCCAACUGGAACAUUUAGUUUGUGCUAUGAAAAACCUCUUAAUAUCAAGUUUCCCACACUGAUAUUCCAUUUUUCUGGUGCAGACAUUCAUUUAAAACGCAGAAACACAUAUGUCCAGUAUUUUGAUUACAUUUGUAUGACUAUAGCCCGACACCGUUCGAACAAUGCUAUUUCUAUUUUUGGAAGUUCUGCACAAGUUAACUUUCAGGUGGAGUAUGACCUCAACCAAAAGCUGGUCUCUUUUGCUCCAACAGAUUGUACCAUAUAG